UUCUCUGAGUUAACGAACGGGGUAGUACCGUAGUAUAAACUUCGAAGUUACACUGUUCCAUGGAACGAAUAUGAACUACUCUACUGUCUCUACUCCCUUUCUCAAACUCCUUAUUCUUCGUUCUCCCCAAUUCAAACCCCUCUCAACAGUAAUCCAAUGUUGUUUCGAGCACUAUCUAGAUCAAAACCUCCAUUUUUGAUUCCUCUAUUUCUUCAAAACUUACCCAUUAAUCAUCCUUUAGCUUCAUUCUUUAUAAACCCCAACUCUAGAACAUCAACAGAGGUAUCUUUCUCUGCAUCUGGGGUAUUUUUUUCCAAUUCUACAAAUGGGUUUUCAUUAAUUUUUGGAAGAAAUUACCAUGAUGGACGACCAAGAGGACCCCUUUGGAGGGGAAAGAAAUUGAUUGGAAAAGAAGCACUUUUUGUAAUUUUGGGUUUGAAGAGAUUUAAAGAUGAUGAAGAAAAGCUUGAUAAAUUUAUCAAACUUCAUGUUUUGAGACUGUUGAAGAUGGAUAUGAUUGCUGUUCUUGUUGAACUUCAGCGUCAAGAGGAGGUUUCUUUAGCCCUUAAGAUCUUCAGAAUAAUCCAGAAGCAAGACUGGUACAAUCCCGAUGCAUAUCUGUAUAAAGACUUGAUUAUUGCGAUGUCGAGAUGUAAAAGAAUGGAUGAUGUGAUGCAACUUUGGUCUGACAUGAAAAAAGAGGAGUUGUUUCCCGAUUCCCAAACAUAUAGUGAAGUCAUCCGAGGUUUCUUAAGGGACGGUUCUCCUGCAGAUGCGAUGAAUAUCUAUGAAGACAUGUUGAAGUCUCCAGAUCUUCCUGAGGAACUUCCGUUUAGGAUCUUAUUGAAGGGUCUUCUUCCUCACCCCCUUCUAAGAAACAAAGUUAAGAAGGACUUCGAGGAACUCUUUCCCGAGCGUUCUGUAUAUGAUCCGCCGCAGGAGAUAUUUGGCAUGCGCUGAGGCUUAUAGAUUGCAUCCUUACAUUUCUGUAAGAUCGCGAGCCCUUUCGUUUGAUCACCUGCAUUAGAGAGCUUUAUAUCGUUAGUAUUUUGAAUGCAAAAUGUGUGAUCUUUGUUCUGAUUGGUGAAACAUACUAAUGGAAUGUACUCGAUACUAUGUUUUUUCGAUGAACGAAUGUAAACAUAAAAAUUGGUGGAAGGGUAUCAUGUCAUGUCAUGUUUGUUAUUGUAUACAGAAAAAGGGUUCGAUGCGUUGUCUGAAAAAAGCUUCCCCUUCAUGGUGAUGAGUUUCUACGAUCUUGGGUUGCUGAUCAAUGGAGGAAAGCGUAGUUGGGCAGGACGAUAUUCGAGCAGAAGCAACAUCGACUGUUCAUUUUAAAACUAAAUGACUUGUGUUUUUGUGUUGAAACAGUUCUAAUGUUGUUUCUGAAUUACUUUAUAUUAUGAGUUUCUACGAUCUUGGGUUGCUGAUCAAUGGAGGAAAGCGUAGUUGGGCAGGAUGAUAUUCAAGCAGAAGCAACAUCGACUGUUCAUUUUAAAACUAAAUGACUUGUGUUUUUGUGUUGCAACAGUUCUAAUAUUGUUUCUGAAUUACUUUAUAUUAAACUAAUUUAGGUUUUUAUGAGAAGUGAAUAACUAUAAAUAAA